ACCUCUGCUCGACCUCGGCUGCAACUGUUUCUCAACUCCAGCAACAUUUCGUGUUAGCUCGACCUGUUAGCUCGGCUACACGCAAAAUGGGGGCACUAUGCGUGCGUGUGGCAGCUGGGACGAGGGAGGCAGACUCUGUACUGUACCCGGGUGUGUAGUCUGAGCAUCGAUCCCCAGGCAGGGAUCAGCAGAGAGGACAGGGAUCUCCAGCUGCUGCUGCUGCUGCUGACACUGGAGGAUGCUUGUUGUUUGGCAGCCCCCCGAGCGGCUGUCGCUGUGUGCAGGGGGGGGGAAACUUCCUCCUGUCCUCGCUGGGAUUCAAACCAAAUAGAACCGUAGCCUCCUCCGCCGCCGCCGAGCUCCACGAUGAAGUGUCCGCUCUCCGGGCUCCUCCGCUCGGCUUGCUCCUCGGGGACGCGGGGGUCACUGCGGGAGAGGAGUCGGCAGCUCGGAUUCAGAGCAUGCGUCUGUGCGGACUGUCAUGGUUUCCCCUGGACGUCCGCUGCCUGCGUCAGCAGAACGGCAUCAUGGGAGAUGUAGUGCCACUGACAGCUGUGUGUACGAAGUAAUGCAUACAAAAAACAAUGCAACACGAGACAUGUUGUCAGGGUGGAACAGUAGAAAUGUUUAGCGCGGGUAAACCAAAUGGUGACCAGCUUAGAUUAAAGCUACAAGGCUACUACAACAUAUGGUGUUUAUGCUUAACAACGUUAUAAUUAGUUUUUUAACAUAGAUACAACGACAUGAGAUGAAAUGAGAUGAUCCUUUAUUUGUCCCACGAUGGGGAAAUUUGCAAUAUCACAGAAACAGUAGUCACAAAUGAUCAGUAAGUAAAAAUAAGUCACAUGCAAUACUUAAUUGUGAGAAUAAUAAUAUUUAAGUGUAAGGAAAAAUACUUUUAAAAACUGAAAAUAUGAAUGGAAUAAAAACUAGUGUAAAAACAAGAAAGAUAUGUGCAGAUUGAGGAUAUGUGCAGUAGACGGAUUGCACGUUAGCCAUUGUAUUGCACAGACAAUACAUAUAACACAGUUAAGCUGGUUUUACAGUCUCACGGCUGCAGGAAGGAACCCCGGGUGAGUCAGUCUGUCGCUGAAGGAGCUGCCCAGUGCUGUGAUGGUGUCCUGACGGGCUGGGCUGGUUUUCCAUCAGAGAGGACAGCUGCAAGGCACAGAGGGAAAUGGAUCAGCUGUUGAACAUUCAUCUCGAAUGCCAUUAUGGUGCUUUCCUCGAUUUACUGCACUGCUGAGCUUUGUUGUUCAGUUCUCUUUUUGACCGUUAGAGGGAUGUCUACAUCCAUUUCCAUGGGAACCUCUCGGGAAGUAAACAGAAGUUGUUUGUUGCGUUUGACGAAAAGCCCACAGGUAUCAGGUUUGGAUUUCUGACCAUGGAGAAGAUAAGUCUCGAUAAAUCAGCUUUAGAAGCGGUGGAUGAGUACUGCGAGUACAAAAGGAUUGUGGGUGAUGAUGACAGAGGAAGGCUGAUGAGCCCGGAGGAGUAUGAGGAGUACAAGAGGACAGUCCUCCCUCGACGCAUGAAGAACAGGCUGUAUGUGAGCUUUGGGAUGCCUGAUGGUAUCGACUGCAAACUGAUUGGUCCAGAGACUCAGUGCUUCUGCUCACAUAGGUAUAAGCAACAUAAGACAGAGUUUGAGGUGGUCCCCUCUGAGCGGCCCCUGGCUCUACCGUGUCAGGUUAGGGGAUGUCGCUGUCCUGCCUUUCAGUAUGUUCCUCAAAAUGGGUCAAACCAAGUCCGCUGCAGGUGUAAGCACUUACCUGAGGACCACAGGGAAGCCAUGGGACACUCGUGCAAGAAGUGCAGUUCCUGUUCUGGGUUCCAGUGCACCUUCACCUGUGGGUGCGGUCAGCCCAGCUCUGCCCACCAGACCCUGGUUGAGACAAAAGCGGAGAGGGAGGCGCGGGGUCGGCCUGUGGGCAGGGAUGUCCCGUAUGCUGCCAUGGGGGGGCUGACAGGGUUCAGCUCCCUCCUGGACGGCUACCUCGACCUGGAGGCCUGUGGCUCAGAUCAACACACAGAAGACAGCUGUCCGCAGACAAGCUCGGCAUCAAGGGUUAACCAACCAUGAACAAUCAAGAAGAAACCAUUGGGAAGAAAACCAUAUGGGAGAUGUCAUCAGUGUUGGUCUUCGUGU